GUCGUAAUUUAAAUGCAAAACCAAAAUGUGAAUAAAGGAAACUACUUGGAAAUAACAAACAAUUGGUGUGGCAAUCUCUUCCUGCUUCCAAUGCUGACAUUUCAAAACACCCUGACACGUGCAUCAUUAUACAAUUGCAUGUAGUAUAUUUUUCUCAUCGAACUGAGAUAGGAACCAAAUGCAGUCUUGCUUACACGAAUCCAUUUGAAUAUCGUACUCGCGAUAAGAACUGAACCCAUGAAACAUCGCACGUCGCGCAUCGCUUUCACACUUUCGCUGUGUGCCCGGUGUCCCAUGUUCAUUGCGCUGUUCAAAGUUCAUAUAUCAACAUACUACCGCUGGAAAUGAUAUCACACACACACCAAAAAUUGUUUUAUCAUCAAAACAACGUAUUUUUCAUCAGAAUGUGGGAAACAAACGAUGUGUAAAAUGAAACAUUUUUCUGAAGAACAAAAUGAUGCGUUCAUCACAGCCGACGAUAGCAAGAGUACGAAUGACGAAAGAAUUUUGAAAAAACGUCAUAUUUGGACUUUGCGCCCAAGCAAUUAAAGGCAAUUGCGUAUUUUGCUGAUAAUCAUCGAUUGUGAAAUACAAUAGAAAACCUAUUCAAUCAUGACAAGUAUUUAUCAAUCGACGUUCAGAUACACUUAUGUAUGUAACCUUCAAAUGACACCUGAAUUUAUCGUUGUGCCGGUAUUAACGCGAUGACAUUUCACGCAUAAACCGCAAAUGAAAUCAUCACUUUAUGUUCUAUCACCAACAAAAAAAAUCAAAUCGAAAGGAGUUUGAGAUUUGCCACUUGAUUGGAUGAACUACAUUUUCAAACGGAUUUCGGUCAAACAAAUGGUUCAUUGACAUUAUUCAUAAACAAAAAUAUGUUGAAAGCGAAAUUCGUCGAUCGAGCUGUUUCAAAAUCGGGUGGAUGCGUGUAAAUUGUUAGUUCUUUUUCUCUGUUGUUCGACACAUCAUCGUCAAAAAUCACAGAAUCAUGAAAUAGCAAAAUAUGAUCAAAAUUGCUCAUCGCAAUGUGUUAUCGCUCCGCGAGCGACUCAGCACCGCUGCGGCGGCAACACUCACAAUCAUCAGAUUAGCUAGAGAAUUGUGUACAAAGUUCACAUUCAACCGGAACAACAACAACAACAACAAGCGAUGGAAUCACAACUACAGACCUAUUUGCACCGAGAGCCUAAAUCAUGUUUCGAUUCUCGCAGACAACCGGCUACCGCUGUAUGUCUUGUUUUGCUUCGUUGUACACUUGAUUCCGUCUCGUUCGCUCGUCGUUUGCUUGAAACGCAGACACAUUGAGCACGCCGUUUGUUUAUGCGCUUUUGGACUCGACGCAACCAACGAGUCACUCACGCUCUCACACGAAAUUUCGUGCUCGGUGUUUCUUGUUCGUUUUUUUCAUUGGAAUUUCUAAACGAAUUUUACGUACAUAAUUCCAUGGUGCGCAUUUGCUUUUUUAAGCUUCUCUGUUAACGACCGAAACCGAUGCACAAAUACACACACACACACACGCACACACACACAAACCGAAGUGUCGUAUUCUCUCUGUUCAAUGUUCAAUGAUGUCUUUGUCGCCAGUUCACGCACAUACAAUGAGUCUCGAACGCACUCUCCAUCCCUCCUUCUCGCGCAUUCGAUCCAGCACCAUAAUCGGUGUGUGCUGUUUUGUUGUUUUCUUCUCUUCCAUCCUUGUCGAUCCCGCACGAUACGAUUCGUGUGGAAAUGAGUGUUUGUCGAUGCACACACGACGAUCGUUCGGUCGUCUCUGUUUUGCGCUCGCUGUAUGCGGCAAUAAAAUUGAUAAUGCCGAAACAGUCCACCAUCAUUUUGAGAACUGAAGUCGAACGAAACACAUGUGUUUCUUACCGUCUCAAUCAGCAUAUCGUGCGUGAACUCAUUUCAAUAUUUCCAUUGUACUAAGAAAACAUUCUUUUCGUUUCUUUACAACAUAACUGUCUUUUAUUGCACACGGUGAUUUAAUCAAUUGUCUUCGUUUGUUCGCACACACAGAUCUUUUUGUUCUGAAUUGUGAGAAAAUUGUUGUAGUUAUUUUUUUUGCGUUGUAAAAUUUAAAAUUCAAAUCAGAGAGAAAUUAAAAAUGGCUCUGGAGAAAAAUCAAAAUAAUUCAACCGCUGUGGAAUAUAACAACAUUGCAAACAGUGAUAGUGCAGCGCUUCUACCACAUUUGGAAUCGUUUGAGAAAAUGCUGAAGUUGCCUGUCCUCGGAGCCGCCUGGCAUCAAGGUCAAGAUGUGUAUGGCCGUGUUAAAGGCUAUAAUCCAAUUUUCAACUGGGCAUUCCGUACGGCUGAAGAUGCCGUUCAUUUGGCAGUGAACACAGCCGCUCCAAUCAUCUCGACAUUGGAUCGUCCCAUUCAGUUUGUUGAUCAAACGUUGUGCAGUGGAAUCGAUAAGCUUGAAGCGAAGGCACCAAUUAUCAAGGAGCAACCACAGGAGAUUUAUCAACAAGCCAGAAAUAAGGUGGUCGAUGCCGUGCAACCGACAUUGAAUCGUGUGUGCUCAAUGCGUGCGGCCGGUCAACAGAAAGCCCAUUCACUCAAGGAUCUAUCGUGGCAAAAGGCAAACGAAGUGUUGGCCACACAAUACGGCAGCAUGGCUGUGUCAGGACUCGACACCACAUCAGCAUUGGCCGAACGCCUGCUCGACUACUACUUCCCGAAAAAUGAAAAUGAUGCCGCCGAAGAUGACAACACACCAAUCGAUGCAAACGCCGAUCCAGUGCUUCAUACAUGCCAAACUGUCGGACGUUUAUCGAAUAAAGUGGCUCGUCGCGUCUAUCGCACCGUAUCACGUCAAGUAAAAAUGUUGAAAAAAGAAGAUGUACAGGAAUAUGUAGCGUCAUUAAUAGCUGUAUUGCGACUAACCCAAUAUUUAAAUUUCAUCAAUGAACGAGUUCAGGCGGGUCAAUCGACAAUAGCCAUUGACAGCGAGAACGAACGAAAUGAACAGCUCAACAAACAACAGCCACCACAACAACAGCAGCAGCCGCAACCGAACGGCUUUUCUCAGCCACAAAACAAUGAACAAUGAGCGUUUUCAAUAAUUAAAUAAUUUUUUUGUAGCUUAAUUUUCGAUUUCGAUUCAUGAAACAUACAAAAAAACACACACACACAUCUAAGAUACAAACAACAGUGAUUCAAGUCAAAAAAAAAAUACGGUCGAAUGAAAGAAACAUAAGGAAAAGAAACACAACUAAAAGAAUUAAAAGCAAAAGAACACGAAAAAGAGCAAUCGAAAACGAAAUCAAACACCGAAAAAAAACGGGAAAAAAGGAAGAAGAAAGACAAUAGCAAUAUGAAAAUAUUACGAGUACUAUUUUUUCUGUUGUUGUAAUUCAAAGUUUCACAAUUGAAGUGCAAAUAACAACACUCACACAUGAAAUGAUUUUUUUGCCAUCGAAGUUUGUGAUCGAAAUAUUGUGUCGUCGGCAACACAUUUGUUUUUCUUUUUUAUCGUACGUGUGUGAGAAAGCGAUCUACACCGCAGGCAAAUUGUAAGUUAUAAUAAAUGCUAUUUAUUAUUUAUAAAUUGCUCACACUCGAAAUGUCGCAUAGGACUGGACUCAAGUCACUGGAGAAAAGGAAAAUUUACUCCACGGUAUAGUUUGAUUAGGAUUGCAUUAGUGAUAGAUCGUCAUUCGACUUGUUCGCAGAAUUGUUGAAUCAUCUACCGAUUGCGUACCGCACCGGUGGCGGCAUUUCGAACGAUAAUGAAAGUGAAACCACAAACACACACACACACAAUGUCGCAAAGCGUUAAAAAAAAUCUCCAUUACGGCCAAGGAAACAGAAGAGGAAACAAAAACGUAUCCAUAAAAUCACUUGAUCUUCAAAAGAAACUGAUAAAUUUUAAUUCUAUUCCAUCGUUAUUCAAUAGAAUCCUAAAUUAUUUAUCGGCUUUUCCAUUUGCUAUAUUUGUUCAUCAAUUCCGUUUGUUUCAUUCGUUCUCGUUUUGUAUUGUCAAUGCACAAAUCAUCGUUUUCGUCGUGAUUGAAAGCUCUCUUUUUUUCGUUGUUUUUUCUUCCAUCGUUGUGCGAGUGGUACGUUGCAAAUUCCUGAGGUACUGAUUUAUUUACAUAAAUUCGUUCGAUAUUUUCCAUAUAAACACAAUUCUAGCAAUGCAACGCAUUCAUAACAUGUAGCAAGUAAAUUUAGUUUAGCUAGAACUCUAGAUGAAAUUAUUUGAAAAUUGUACCAAAUGCCAUUUUGUAUGCAAAACGAGUUUCUUCUUAAAAAAAAAACUAGAGAGAAAAAAAUCAUUACGGCUAAUCCACAUCCAGUUCAAACAGAGCCGAACAAGAAUAAUCAUAUACGAAAAUGUGUCGAAACAAAUUUGUUUUUUUUAUACUGCAUCUCUGAAGAGAUUAUUAUAAAUUGUCAGUCUAGAUUUAUUGAAAUUACAAAUUAUUUUGUUCUAGAAAAUAAACGAGAAACGAAAAAAAAAAUAUACACGUUUAUACCAAUUAAUAGAAUUAGGCAUUAAUUUAUAGUUACAAUUUACGUUAAAAAAAAUGAUUUCAAUAAAAAUCGAAAUGCAAUUGAAAAA